UAUAGUCUCGUGAUUCUCGUGACUUGGAUCGACCAGCUGAGCUUUAGUAGAAACAGUGAUAUUUAUAAAUAAUUUGGAGAAAAAAAGGGAGAAAAAUCGCCUGAAAAGGCGAAUAUUUUUACAAAAAUUAACAUCUAAAUUAUUUCCAAAAUGACAGAUCGAGCAAAUAUCAAGGAAAUGAUUCCUAAGCUGCCUGAUGAGAAAAUCGAUAUGUUGGCAGCGACGAGUGUUCUUCAACAACAGGCUGCAGAAAUAAGAAGUCAGCGAAUUAAUUGGCAAUCUUACCUCCAAUCUCAAAUGAUAUUGAAGGAGGAUUUCGACUUUAUAGCAACUUUCGACACAAGUGACGCAGCAGCAAGGGAAGCAAAAUUAAAAGAAAAUCCAAGUCAGGCAGCAAAGACAUUUUUAAAUCUUCUUGGUCAUGUUUCGAAGGAUCAAACUAUUCAGUAUAUUCUCAUAAUGAUCGAUGAUAUGCUACAGGAAGACCGCAGUCGUGUUGAAAUUUUCCGUGAACAUUCAAAUCGAAAACGUGAAUCUGUCUGGGGACCUUUCUUAAAUCUUCUAAAUAGACCUGAUGGUUUUAUAAUGAAUAUGACAUCGAGAAUAAUUGCGAAACUCGCUUGUUGGAGUCACGAGCUAAUGGAGAAAACUGAUCUUCAAUUUUAUUUAACGUGGCUCAAAGAUCAAUUGAAAUUGAGCUUCGAUGCCCUUCAGGAGGGAAGCAUGCAUGCCGAGGUAGUGCAGGACAACAACCCCAAUGAGGCUGGGGAGGCCAAUGAGCUACAUGAAUUGCUCAAUCCGAAUAACGAUUAUAUUCAAUCUGUGGCGAGAUGUCUUCAAAUGAUGCUGCGAAUUGAUGAAUAUAGAUUUUCAUUCGUCUCCGUCGAUGGUAUUUCAACAUUAUUGAGCGUACUUUCAGGCCGUGUCAAUUUUCAAGUGCAAUAUCAACUUAUUUUCUGCCUUUGGGUGCUCACCUUUAAUCCUCUGCUGGCAGAGAAAAUGAAUAAAUUCAAUGUUAUUCCUAUUUUGGCAGACAUUCUCAGUGAUUCUGUAAAGGAAAAAGUGACGAGAAUUAUUCUCGCAGUAUUCAGAAACCUAAUUGAAAAGGUAGGAGACGCACAAGUCGCCAAGGAACAUUGCAUUGCAAUGGUCCAAUGUAAAGUAUUGAAACAAUUAUCAAUUUUGGGUCAACGAAAAUUCGACGAUGAAGAUAUUACCGGAGAUAUUGAUUUCUUAAAUGAUAAAUUACAAGCUUCUGUUCAGGAUCUCAGUUCAUUUGAUGAAUAUUCCACAGAGGUGAAAUCUGGUCGUCUCGAAUGGUCACCAGUUCACAAGUCUGGCAAAUUUUGGCGAGAGAAUGCUGGUCGUUUGAAUGAGAAAAAUUACGAGCUUCUUCGUAUUCUUGUACAUUUACUUGAGACCAGUAAAGAUCCUCUAGUUUUAAGUGUCGCAAGUUUUGAUAUUGGUGAAUAUGUUCGUCACUAUCCACGUGGAAAACACGUUAUUGAGCAACUUGGUGGUAAGCAACGUGUAAUGCAACUUCUUGGACAUGAGGAUCCAAAUGUACGAUAUGAAGCUUUAUUGGCUGUACAGAAAUUAAUGGUGCAUAAUUGGGAAUACUUAGGAAAGCAGUUGGAGAAAGAUCAAGGAACACCGCAGCAAGGAACAAAAUCAGGUGCACAAGUUCCAGCUAAAGCAUAAAAUAAUCAUUUAUUUCCAAAAUUUUCACUAUAAAACGAAAAUAGCUUACCUGACGCUUGUCUAGAAUUUUAGAGAAUCCAUUAAGUUUUUACGCGUGUUAGAAUUUUAACUAAAACAUACACCAUGAAUCUGUAAUUGAAACUAUUCACGCUUCUCCGAUUCAAAUUUCAUUAAAAAUGAAUCACACAAAUUUUAUCAAUUUGGAAGGAAAAAAACAAAAAUCAGGUAUUAACAUUCCAUAUUAUAAAGAAAAUUACGUGAUUAAUCUCGUUGUAUUGAUCGUAAAUUUAAUUUUCUGUCCAAAAAGAAGAAAUAAAAUAAAUAGUAAUUAUGCAUGUAAAUACACAGAAUUAAUAAUCAUAAAUUUGUGGCGAUAUGUGUAAACUAAAUUUGUAAUAUAAUGUUGUUAAUUUGUUGUUGUAACUUGAAAGUCUUGAAUAUUAGCAAAUAAAUAAUAAUAAUAAUAAUAAAAAUAAGUAA